AAUAAUAAUAAUAAUAAUAAUAAUAAUAAUAAUAAUAAUAAUAAUAAUAAUAAUAAUAAUAAUAAUAAUAAUAAUAAUAAUAAUAAUAAUAAUAAUAAUAAUAAUAAUAAUAAUAAUAAUAAUAAUAAUAAUAAUAAUAAUAAUAAUAAUAAUAAUAAUAAUAAUAAUAAUAAUAAUAAUAAUAAUAAUAAUAAUAAUAAUAAUAAUAAUAAUAAUAAUAAUAAUAAUAAUAAUAAUAAUAAUAAUAAUAAUAAUAAUAAUAAUAAUAAUAAUAAUAAUAAUAAUAAUAAUAAUAAUAAUAAUAAUAAUAAUAAUAAUAAUAAUAAUAAUAAUAAUAAUAAUAAUAAUAAUAAUAAUAAUAAUAAUAAUAAUAAUAAUAAUAAUAAUAAUAAUAAUAAUAAUAAUAAUAAUAAUAAUAAUAAUAAUAAUAAUAAUAAUAAUAAUAAUAAUAAUAAUAAUAAUAAUAAUAAUAAUAAUAAUAAUAAUAAUAAUAAUAAUAAUAAUAAUAAUAAUAAUAAUAAUAAUAAUAAUAAUAAUAAUAAUAAUAAUAAUAAUAAUAAUAAUAAUAAUAAUAAUAAUAAUAAUAAUAAUAAUAAUAAUAAUAAUAAUAAUAAUAAUAAUAAUAAUAAUAAUAAUAAUAAUAAUAAUAAUAAUAAUAAUAAUAAUAAUAAUAAUAAUAAUAAUAAUAAUAAUAAUAAUAAUAAUAAUAAUAAUAAUAAUAAUAAUAAUAAUAAUAAUAAUAAUAAUAAUAAUAAUAAUAAUAAUAAUAAUAAUAAUAAUAAUAAUAAUAAUAAUAAUAAUAAUAAUAAUAAUAAUAAUAAUAAUAAUAAUAAUAAUAAUAAUAAUAAUAAUAAUAAUAAUAAUAAUAAUAAUAAUAAUAAUAAUAAUAAUAAUAAUAAUAAUAAUAAUAAUAAUAAUAAUAAUAAUAAUAAUAAUAAUAAUAAUAAUAAUAAUAAUAAUAAUAAUAAUAAUAAUAAUAAUAAUAAUAAUAAUAAUAAUAAUAAUAAUAAUAAUAAUAAUAAUAAUAAUAAUAAUAAUAAUAAUAAUAAUAAUAAUAAUAAUAAUAGUAAUAAUAAUAAUAAUAAUAAUAAUAAUAAUAAUAAUAAUAAUAAUAAUAAUAAUAAUAAUAAUAAUAAUAAUAAUAAUAAUAAUAGUAAUAAUAAUAAUAAUAAUAAUAAUAAUAAUAAUAAUAAUAAUAGUAAUAAUAAUAAUAAUAAUAAUAAUAAUAAUAAUAAUAAUAAUAGUAAUAAUAAUAAUAAUAAUAAUAAUAAUAGUAAUAAUAAUAAUAAUAAUAAUAAUAAUAAUAAUAAUAAUAAUAGUAAUAAUAAUAAUAAUAAUAAUAAUAAUAAUAAUAAUAAUAAUAGUAAUAAUAAUAAUAAUAAUAAUAAUAAUAGUAAUAAUAAUAAUAAUAAUAAUAAUAAUAAUAAUAAUAAUAAUAGUAAUAAUAAUAAUAAUAAUAAUAAUAAUAAUAAUAAUAAUAAUAAUAAUAAUAAUAAUAAUAAUAAUAAUAAUAAUAAUAAUAAUAAUAAUAAUAAUAAUAAUAAUAAUAAUAAUAAUAAUAAUAAUAAUAAUAAUAAUAAU